AUGGGACACCAUGCAGACCCCAAUAAGUACGCGGCAUACCUCGACGCGACUGUGCUACGGCGGCGCAUCGCGACUUUUGUCCUGGUGUUUUCUGUCAUUAUCGUUGCCCUCGUUAUGACCUUUUCGGCGGUGCAGCACCGCGAGGCCCGGUGCCAGGACCGCGCACACGAGAUCGAGUUUGAUUUCAUGGUGCGUUCAGGUUCCACCCGCGAGGACGUGGUGACGGCGUUGCAGGCUAUUAUGGCGGAGCGUCGCUGUUUACUGGACUUUCAUCCUCAGAACGACGAUACGCCGACUGUGGUGCAGCUUGACGUCCUUGAUACCAUGACUAACUUCAUAGCGAGGCAUGGGUUCCGUCUCGUUCGUCGCAGUCAUGGCUUGAGCUACCACUACGAACUUCGCACCCUCUUCGACAAGCUGUGCGGUACCUAUCCACCCAUCUCCAUGGAGGUGAUGGCCAACGUGGACUAUGAGAGGGUGACGUACCGCAUCAAGGCUCUGUCUCUUAUGAACAGCACAGUGAAGUACCUGCAGCAAAGCUCGCUGCUCACGAAGGAGAAGAAUCGCGUGACAACGGUGGCGCAGCUUCAGUCGGUGUUUCCGGGGUUUCAUCAGUUGAGCACCAGUAAAGCACGUUUGUCUCAGACGAAGUCCGCUGAGUACACGGUGAUGGAAACUUCGCAGGUCUACUACAAUGGAAGCCCACUUGACAUUCGUGUUGUUCUGCAGUUCUGGCGCUCUCACGACGACAAGCUGGGCUUCUGGCGCGUGGUGGUGAACACGCAGAACAUCAUGGCGGAGCGGGACCUUCUCUCUCUGAAGUCCAGCAUUCAAGAUGGCUUGGCCACACGAAAUCUUCUGUGCAACGCAACGUCGUCGAACUGCGCCGACCAACUCGAUGUCUACCUCCAGUAA